AUCAUCAUCAUCAGUAGAAGAAGACGAAGAAGAAGAAGCAGGAGGUCCAGGAAGAAGCGGAUCGUUCUUUGGGAUUUCUAUGACUUAAAGAAUCAUCUGUACUGUGAGGCUGUUGAUCCAGGAGUGGAGGAAAGAGAUGUCUUAAUGUAUUUCAUCCCUGAGGCCAGCAUCACAGAGACAAACCGUCCUAACGUCAUCCACAUGAGGCAUGCUGGGAGAAUGCAGUCCACGUCCAGAAGAGAUGCUGGAGUCUGGCAUCAAACCAGAAGUCUGCUCUACAAGAACCUGCUCAUCAAAUGGAGGACCAAGCAGCAGAGUCUGCAGGAACUGGUCCUUCCUCUUCUGCUGCUGGGUCUCCUGAUCCUCAUCAGCACCCUGAAUCCUCACGUUUACUACGGAGGCAUCAGCACCAUGGAGCUGGAGCGCGAAGACCACUUCUUCAAGGGUCUGGGCUACACCCCCAUCACCAACAUCACCACCCACAUCAUGGAGGAGGUGGCCCAGGAGAUACUCAUGCAGGACCGUCUGGAGAUGUUCCCCAGUGAGGAGGACCUGGAGAACGCCAGCCUUUACGAUCCUUCCAGUUAUGUUGGCGUUGUGUUUAUGGACAGCUCUGCUACGUCCUACAGACUUCGCUUUCCGUACAACCAGCUCCCGCUGCCCAGCGACUACACAGAGUCCAUCGCGAACUGCUUCACCAGCUCGGUGAACUGUAGAGCAGCUAACUACUGGUACUCGGGCUUCGUCCGGCUCCAGUCUCUAAUCGACGCUGCCAUCAUUCAGAUGCAGACGAAGCGUUCGGUCCACAGUGAGAUGGACCUGAAGGUGGUCAUGAUGGGUCAGCCCGGCUCUGUGGAGGUGCAGAAGUUCCCCCACGCCCUCAUCUCCAUCUACCUGGUCCUCGCCUUCACGCCCUUCGUCACCUUCCUCAUCGUCAACGUUGCAGCUGAGAAGGAGCGUCGCCUCAAAGACACCAUGACCAUGAUGGGGCUGUACGACACGGCGUUCUGGCUGUCCUGGGGCCUCCUGUACGCUGCUCUGGUGACCACCAUGUCCGUCCUCAUGGCCGUCAUCGCCACCUACACGGCGCUGUUCCCCAACAGCGACUUCCUCCUCAUCUUCCUCCUCAUCUUCCUCUACGGAAUAUCAUCCAUCUUUUUCUCCUUCAUGCUGACUCCGUUAUUUAAGAAGCCAAAGUUCGCCAGCACCGUGGGCUCCAUGCUGACGGUGGUGUUUGGCUGCCUGUCGCUGUUCACCGUCCUGAUGAAGGACUUUCCACAGCCCCUGGUCUGGCUCCUCUGCCUGCUCUCUCCCAGCGCCUUCUCCAUCGGGAUUGCACAGGUGGUGUAUCUGGAGGCUCAGGGAGAUGGAGCUGUGUUUUCCUCCCUGGCUAAUGGCCCUCAUCCUCUCUACGUACCCCUGCUCAUGCUGGUCCUGGACUGCAUCCUCUACCUCCUGUUGGCUGUGUACCUGGACCAGGUACUGCCUGGAGAGUUUGGAGUGAGGAGGUCCUUGUUGUACUUCUUGAAGCCGUCCUAUUGGUCCAAACGCAGAAAGCGUUAUGUUGAAGUAAGCUCCGUGUACGACGCAGAGGGGAAGGGGGGUCCGAGCGGGGACGAGUCCAUCGAGCCAGUUUCCCCCGAGUUCAGAGGGAAAGAAGCCAUACGCAUUGUUAACAUCCAUAAAGUGUACAAAGAGAAGGACAACGUGGUGGAGGCUCUGAGAGGGUUGACCUUUGACAUCUAUGAGGGCCAGAUCACCGCUCUGCUGGGACACAGCGGGGCCGGAAAGUCCACUCUCAUGAACAUCCUCUGUGGCAUCUGCCCCCCCACCAACGGCUUGGCCACCAUCUACGGCUCUCCUGUGGCAGAGAUCGCAGACGCAUCGGAGAUGAAGCAGCUAGUGGGAAUUUGCCCUCAGUUCAACAUCAUCUUUGACGUGCUCACCGUGGAGGAGCACCUGAGGAUAUUUGCAGCCAUCAAAGGGAUCCCACCGGCCGACAUCGAUGCAGAGGUCACGAAAGUGCUGAAAGAUCUGGACCUGGAGAAGAUCAUGAACGCUCAGGCCAAGAAUCUGAGCGGGGGGCAGAAGAGGAAACUCUCAGUGGGCAUCGCCAUCCUCGGAGAUCCUAAGAUCCUGCUCCUGGACGAGCCCACCGCCGGCAUGGACCCCUGCUCCAGACACCAGGUGUGGGCGUUACUGAAGAGCCGCAGAGCCGGCCGGGUCACGGUCCUCAGCACGCACUACAUGGACGAGGCGGACAUCCUCGCUGAUCGAAAAGCUGUGAUCUCUCAGGGACAGCUCAAAUGUGUCGGCUCUUCUCUCUACCUCAAGAUCAAAUGUGGCGUUGGAUAUCACCUGAGGAUGUCGAUCAGUGAGAGAUGUGAGGCCGAUAAGGUCACGUCAUUGGUCGAGCACCAUGUUCCUAAAGCCACGCUGUCCCGCCAACAUGAUGCUGAGCUGACCUUCACUCUGCCGUUUGAGAGCAUGGACACAUUCUCAGGUUUGUUCUCUGAGCUCGACUGUCAACCCAGUCUUGGAAUUAUCAACUAUGGAGUUUCCAUGACGACGCUGGAGGAUGUUUUCCUGCGUUUGGAGGCAGAAGCUGAAGUGGAUCAAGCUGACUACAGCGUGUUUCAUCGGGAGCAAGUGGAGGUGGAUUGUGACAGCUCGUCUCUCGAUGACCUUGACCAGCGGCUGCUGACCUUCUCGGACUCGAAGGCGGAUGUGGUGUCGGGUCACGCUCUGUGGCGGCAGCAGUUCAGCACAGUGGCGUGGCUGCACAUGCUGAACAUGAGACGGGAGAGGAAGGCGUUCAUCUACACUCUCGCCUUGUUCCUGGUGUUCGUGGCUGCCGUGCUCGUCUUAUCUCUGGCGACAGGAAACAUCCAGAUCAACUCCCCCGACCGCCAGUUACUUCCUGUUUACCUCCUCAAGAAGAACGAGGCGCCGCACAGAUACGCCACCAGCCUCCUGGUUCAGAACUCCUCAGGUUCUGAUAUUUCUGACUUGAUCCACAACCUGGAGUCUCAAGACGUCCAGGUGGAGAUGAUGAAACACAGCGACUACAUGGCGGCGGCUCCCCACAGCGCCGCCAUCAAUGUCACAGGAUCCAGCAAGGGCUUCAGAUUUAGCGUUGCGUUCAACAGCACCACGGUUCACUCGCUGCCGAUGGCGGUGAAUCUCCUGAGCAACACGCUGCUACGAGGUCUGAACGGAACGGGCCAGAUCAGGACCUGGACUAAACCUUUUGAUUAUCAAAUCCCCGACGCCACCUCGUACGCCCUGGUGUACAUUGAGGCCAUCAUACUGGGAAUGCUGGCUGCUGGGAUGCCGGCGUAUUUUGCCAUGGACCACACUCGAGACAGAGAGAUCAAGUGUCGCUCCACGCUGCGGAUCUCCGGUCUGCUGCCGUCAGCGUACUGGUGCGGUCAGGCGGCGGUGGACAUCCCCUUCUUCUACCUCAUCCUCUCCAGCAUGACCGCCAUCUUGUUCUCCUUCCACACGGGGAGCCUGCUCACCUCCAGCAAUCUCACCGCUGUGGUCCUCUGCAUGGUCGGCUACGGUCCCGCCAUGAUCCUCUUCACCUACGUCUUUUCUUUCGGCUUCGCUCGAGUCCAGAGCAACAGAGAUUUCUUCUCGGUCAUCUCCAUGAUGGUGUGCGUCGUGUCCGCCUCGCUGGUUCAGUUGUCGUUUGUAAACAACAGUCCUGGACUGACCAGAAACCUGCACAACAUCCUGUGUUUCCUGAACCCGCUCUACCCGCUCAUGGGCUGCCUCAACUGCAUCACCAAGGCGACCUUCCUGUCCUCGCAGUAUGAAGAGAACUCGUUGUGGAAGAACCUGCUCAUCGCCGUGGUGUCCCCGUACCUGCAGAGCGUGCUGCUGCUCUUCCUGCUGCGCUGGCUGGAGAUCCGUUACGGAGGCCGGACGAUGAAGGACGAUCAGUUCUGCAGGAUCUCGUCCCAGUCGAAGCCCGUUGUAGCGAGGAAUCCAGAGGAGGGGCUGAGCGAGGACGAGGACGUUCGGAUGGAGAAGGCGCGCGUGAAGGAGGCGCUCACCUGCCAGUCGUGUGAAGAGAAACCCGUGGUGGUCGUGAGUAACCUGAGGAAGCAGCAUGAAGGACGACGAGACGCUUUCUCUCUGAACAAGACGAGGAAUGUGACCGCGAAGAACAUCUCCUUCUGCGUCCGAAAAGGGGAAGUCCUGGGACUGCUGGGUCCAAACGGGGCCGGGAAGACCAGCGUCAUGCACAUGCUUUCAGGGGACACAGUGCCCUCUGCAGGCCAGGUUCUGAUGGGGGACUACAGCACAGAGUUUCGUCCUGUAGACCGUCCUGUGGACCACGUGGGGUACUGUCCCCAGGUGAACCCACUGUGGCCCAGGAUCACGCUGCAGGAGCACCUGGAGAUCUACGCCGCCAUCAAGGGCCUGAGAGGACAGGACGUCCCGGGCAUCAUCAAACGCGUGGUGAACGCUCUGGAGCUGAAGGAACAUCUGAACAAACAAACUAAGACUCUGUCGGCGGGACUCAAGAGGAAGCUCUGCUUCGCCUUGAGUAUGAUCGGGAAUCCUGCGAUCGUUUUACUGGACGAGCCGUCGUCGGGGAUGGACCCGAAGUCCAAACAACGCAUGUGGAGGGCCAUACGUGCUGCUUUCAAGAACCGCCAGCGGGGCGCCAUCCUCACCACGCACUACAUGGAGGAGGCGGAGGCCGUGUGUGACCGGGUAGCCAUCAUGGUGUCGGGCCAGCUGAGGUGCAUCGGCUCCAUCCAACACCUGAAGGGGAAGUACGGUCAGGGCUACAGCCUGGAGGUCAAGCUGAGGGAGGAGCUAACUGGACUCCAGCAGGUGGCGCUGCUGCACAAAGAAAUCCUGCGAAUCUUUCCUCACGCUGCCCGGCAGGAGAGCUUCACUACUCUGAUGGUUUAUAAAAUCCCCAAACAGGACGUCCAAUCACUGGCCAGGUCCUUUUCUCAGUUAGAGAGUGCAAAGCAAACCUUCAACUUUGAGGAGUUUAACUUCUCUCAGUCCACCUUGGAGCAGGUGUUCAUGGAGUUUGCUAAGGAGCAGGAGAACGAGGAGGAGGAGGUGGGCUCCCUCAGUACAACUUUCCAGUGGCAGCGUCUGCGACAGGACGGGCCCAUCUCAGUCAACAACACAGACAGCAUCGUGCACCAACUCUAAACGGAGACUUUGGCGGCGUGGAGAUGGCGCUGAAGCCGUCCUGACUGCACUGCACGCCCCUCUGCCCUUUAUGGGAUGGGUGGAGGUCAGGAUCAGGGCCGUUCGGCCUCUGAGGUGUGAUGUGUGUAACCCUCCACUGGUGCUCCUUCUGAUGGGACUCCUUCUUCUUCUGGUGUUUUUUUAAUCUUCACAGGGCGUCAGUCAAAGGAAACAUAUUUCUAUAUGAAUAAUAUAUUCUCUUUAUUCUCUCUUCACAUCGUUGUGUUUGUCUAAUGUUUUUAUACCUGAACUGAGAUCCACCAUCGUACCAAAGCAGCACACGGCACCUCGUCACGUCCUCACAUGUGUUUGUGUCUGUAGCCUUCAACUUCAGUAGUUAGAGGAACAGGAAGUGAAGACCUUAAACCGAGUCUCUGGUCCUCAUCUGACACCAGCAUCUAGACCCUCAUGGGCACACCUCAUCCUCCAGGACGGAGCGUUUCAGCGUGCACGCUAACGAUGAGGUUAUUUGGUGAUGUCACACAGAUGUUGAGGGUUUUGGCGCCGUGGCGUUCCUCUGCAGGUUUGAACUGGAUCUCAUAUGCACGCCACUACAUGUAGCACUCUGCCAGCGCCGAUAACCUUGGCGAUGAGCUGUGAAGCUGGAGGACGUGUUCAGAAGCAGGCGGGGCUUAUUGAAAGCUCCUCGCGCUUCUGUCUGCCGGGGUUAAUGAGGACGAUUGUGAAUGUACAUUUGACCUCCGAUCAGAGGAGACGCUGCCGUGUUUAACUCUGAUCUAGCCCGUUAGCUCUGCGUGCGUGUGUUGUAUAUAAUGUGUGUGCGUGUUUUUUUUUUUUAAUGUGUAAAACUUUAUUUAAAUUGUGUGAACGUUGUUUUGUAGCCUCGCUGGAUUAAACGCUGAAUCUGUUUUGAGUUUGUCUCCGUGUCGGUGAAACGCAGCUUCCUGUUGGUCGAACAGCUGUUGAGAUUAUUGACCUUUCUUUAUGCAAUCUUUGAACGCUCUGAUUUAACUCUUUGAAGCCUGUGGUUCACCUGUGUGCUGUGUAUCACCUGCAUGUCUGGACCGACUUCACACACUUUGUUUCAUUAAAAAUUAAGGAAUAAAAUAUUUGUGAG